AUGAAGGGUCUACGCUGGGUAAUACUGCUGAUCGUAUCCACAAUUUGGUUACAUUCAGUACCGAAAAUCUUGGCCAAAAGCUGCCCCGGCUCUGGGCUGCAAUUGCGAUCCACUGAACCGCAAAUCGAUCUCAAUAAACUAAGUCCGGGGCAGCUAAAGAAACUGGCCCAGCAGUUGGCCAAUUUCCAAAGCCAGGAUGACAAGGAUGAAGAAGUAGCUGAGGAUGAGGAACAGGAUCAGGAACCGGAGCUAGAGAACUCUGCAGAUGAUCACAGGGGCAGCAGUCGUCCCUGGAACAGAAUUCAACGCAUUAUUCGCCGGCAAUUGGUAAAGAUACCCAAGAGAUAUCUACGUAAAAUACUGCGUCAAUUUGGAUUAGCCAGAAGUUUGGAUGAUGUCGAGCUACAGGAAUACUAUCUAAUACCUCUAGAGUGA